AUGGGUCUUUUAUUCUCCAUGCAUGGAAUAGAAUGUGCACUUUUAGUUUUGCACUUUCUUUAUCGUUACAUCGUUGUUUGCAGACCAGAAAUGAAGAAGUACUUUGAAUCUAAGCUUGCAAUUUGGGCUGCAGCCAAUCUUGUUUGGGGUCUUAUCUACUUCUUCAUCGCCAUAUAUUGGUUUGGUCCUACCGAAGGAUGCUAUAAGUAUGCUGGGGAAGCAGUUCGAAUUAAUUUACAACGUGAUCUGCGUAAAUUACCACACAUGUGUAUCCUAACAUAUCAAGUGGUCAAUAAUUCUUUACUCAUCUAUUGGAAGCCUACCGUAGGCGUAGCAGUUGUGUUGCUGAUGAUGAUUGCAACAUUUAUUGUUAUGAUUUUCCUUGGUGCUCAGACGUCGAAAACACUAAAGCGAGGCGCUCUGAGCAAGAAAACAAUCACGCUUCAGAGACAGAUGCUCAUAGCUCUAAUAAUUCAGGUAAACAGAACAGACUAUGUAAAAGCCAAAUUUUCAACGCAAGUUCUCAUGUGACA